CUCGUGUAUCUCCUUUCAUGACAAUGACAAUGACAGCGACAACGAGUUCACGAACCACAACGACAUGAGAGGAAGACUGUGAAGAUGGCGGAAGAACAGCAGCAGCAACUCAUCUCGCCGUUCCCAGCGCCGCCGCCCUUUUACAAGCACUUCACUAAGCAGAAUCGCGAUCGCGUGCAACAACUGCGCAGAGAAGCCGGUGCGUCGCAGAACGAUGGCGCGAAAGAGCACGACAUAGACACCACAACUCUCCCACCGGAACUCGGCUGCCUCGUCCCUCCGCCACCACCCUCAACCACGAAGUUCACCGUCUUCGGUCAUGAAAUCGACCUCGAGGCCCCACAACCUACCCUCGCGGAAGCUGGCAUCGAGCAACUCUACCCCGACCACCCAUCCGUCACCACCACCCCCCAACCGCACCUCAUCGCUCUCUCACGCUCCCUCCUCACCACCUUCCUCAGCCUCACAGGUAUCCUCGCCGCCAAUCCCGAACUCUACGAAGAGCGAGUCCUUGAUCUGCAGGCUAUCGUGUUUAACAUGCACUCUCUGAUCAAUCAGUACCGACCACAUCAGGCCCGAGAGAGUCUGAUCAUGCUCAUGGAAGAUCGUGUCGAGAAGAUGAGAGCUGAGACUAGGGCCAUUGAGGAAGGGAGGGAGAAGGUUGCGAAAUUGCUCGAAGGCAUGAAGCAGCAUGCCGACUAUGCGCCUGAUGUCAUUGCUGUGAAUGGGAAGAAGGUGGGAGAGCGGAAUCUGGUGGCGGCAAGGAAGAAAGGGAGACGGAGUGCGGCGUGGCAGAUGCUGGAGGCUGAGAUGGGCUGAAAAGUGUCAUGAGGAAUAUGCGUCACUGCCACUGCCACUGCCACUAUUGCUACUACUGCGGGAGGCGCUGAGAGGACCUGCUAGGUGUCCUCUCUCAUAAUUGCCGGAUAUCGCGACUGGCUUCUACCUAGAACAAGUGGUCAUCUGCUCAUGAAUGUGGCUGUGCUUUGAUACAACCAACUUCCGAGAUUACUGGGUGGCGCUGUGUCAAGGCUGAAUGUGUAGAGGAAUCGAUGAUCUUGGCGACCGGUAUUAUGGAACAGAGACUGCAAAAUUGAUGGGUGGUGGGAUCAUCGAGCGUAGGAAAUCUGAUAGCCACUGCCCAUUGCCAUGGCGUAACGUGGCGGGGCCAUACUGUAUGUUGGAGAUGUGUGAAGCGGCGGCAGUCUACCUCCUACUACCAAUGCCGUUGCCUUACAACAUUGUACAGGGAAAGCUGGGCUGGGGGAAUGCUCGGAACUGAGGCCUGACGAGGGUCGUGGCGGGGAAGUGGGAGCCUAGAAGGCUAGAAGCCAUCGACCAACCUACGGACGUCUCUGCCAGUCCUGAUCUCAGCUUCGGAUUGUCCUACUGAUCGCAGUGUGGGACAUCGAUGAUGGAGAGCCUCGGGUACGAUGUCUUCUCGGUCCAUACAGCAGUUCGUAUCUGUCUGUACCAAUCAAAGCGUCGCGACGCACGUAAAGCAUGACACAGGCUUUGAUGAUAUACGAUGCCGACCACUACACACCCCAGCCAGCCCUGUAGAGGUUGUUUCUUCACGGAUGUUUGUUGCACAUCGUCAUCAGGACCAGGACAGGCGAGGGAGAUGGAGCGUAGCUGCGUAGGUACAAACGAGGCGAGGCCAACCAAGUCCAAGCACGGGGUAUGAGACCCCACAAAUGCCUCCUGAUCGCAAACAUGCGUUCGACGUCAAGUCACGUUUUGAUUAAAUAUAUUCAUUUUCAAGGGGUAUUGCCGCCAGCCCUAUCAGAC